AACCUUGACAAUAAUAAUCUAUUAUUACCUACCAACAACUAUAAGGUCAGCUAGCAAACACUUCAUUAUCUUUUCUACAAUACCCAAAUACACACAACUUAACAAAAAUUGAUGUAUCAUCAUUCUCUCUCACAAUUCAAAAAAUGCAAAAACACCAUUUUCAGUUUCAGUUUCAGUUUCACACCACCAUCAUCUUCAUUUUCUCUCUCUUACUCCCUACUCUCUCUCUAGAUACCAUCACAUCCACAACACCAAUUACCCUUAAUCAAACUCUAGUCUCCAAUCAACAAGUGUUCGAACUCGGGUUCUUUAGUUUAGACAACAAUAAUAAUAAUUGGUAUAUAGGAAUAUGGUACAAACAAAUUGAGCCCAAAACAUAUGUAUGGGUGGCUAACAGAGAUAACCCGGUUAACUCAUCUUCUGGGAAGUUAACAAUUGGCGGAAAUGGCAACAUAAUACUUUUUAACCAACCGGAAACCGCGGUCUGGAUGUCGAAUGAUUCGAAUUAUUCGGUUCGGGCUGUGAACACGGUUGCUCAGCUUCUUGAUUCGGGUAAUUUCGUGCUUCGACCGGAGGGUGAUGAGAGACCGGAGAGUUAUAUAUGGGAAAGUUUUAAGAAUCCAACGGAUACUUUGUUACCCGGAAUGAGGCUCGGGUGGGACCGAAAAACGGGUGUGAAUCGGUUUUUGCGGUCGUGGAAGUCGGGUAUGGAUCCGGGUUCGGGUAGUUACACGUUUAAAAUGAACGUGGACGGGUUCCCGGAGAUUUUUUUAUCGGCCGGGGUGAAACCGGUGUACCGGAGUGGGCCGUGGAACGGGAAACGGUUUAGCGGUGUACCGGAGAUGAAAGGCGUGAGCGUAAUCAAGUUCGAGUUUGAAAAUAACUAUAAUGAGGUGUUUUAUUCGUAUGAAAUGGCGAAUAAGUCAGAUUAUUCGCGGUUAAUUAUGACUUCAUCCGGUACUCUGCGAAGGUUCACGUGGAUCGAGUCAUCAAAAACAUGGAACCCAUACUGGUUCGCCCCACGUGACCAGUGCGAUGAGUACCGGAAAUGUGGGCCGUGGGGCGUUUGUGAUGCAAACACCUCGCCCUUAUGUAAAUGUAUGAAGGGGUUCCGCCCGAAAAACCAACAAGCGUGGGAUCUACGAGACGGGUCAGACGGGUGUGUUCGGAGCUCCGAGAUGGAUUGCGGGUCGGACGGAUUUCGGCUAAUGAAGAACAUGAAAUUGCCGGAGGGUUCAAAAGCAUUUGUUGAUCAAACGUUGAGUUUGAGUGAGUGUGGUGAGAUUUGCAAAAGAAAUUGUUCUUGUGUUGCUUAUGCUAAUACGAAUAUUAGUGAAAACGGGUCGGGUUGUGUGAUUUGGGCUGUGGAUCUUUUGGAUAUGCGACAGUAUGCUGAUACUGAAGGUGGUCAAGAUCUUUUUGUGAGAGCUGCAGCUUCUGAUUCGGACCAAUCACCUACAAUUGGAACUUCUGGAAAUGGCUCCGGCAACAAUGUUGUAAAAAUUAUCUCCAUUACAAUAAGUGUUCUUGCAGUUGUAAUAAUCCUAUUGGUAAUCUUUUACCUAUGGAGGAAGAAAAUGCAACGGUCCAAAAAAUCCAACAUAGACAGAAAAGGUCCAGACGAAAGAAGCCACGAUUUUGUGAUAAACGAGGGGGUUAUUGCGGCGAGUAAAAGAGAUUAUUCGGGUGAAACGACAACUGAUGACCUAGAGUUGCCCACGUUUGAUUUUACGACCUUGGUUAUAGCCACAGACAACUUCUCAAAUACAAAUAAGCUCGGGCAAGGCGGGUUUGGGUGUGUUUACAAGGGUAUUUUAAUGGAAGGCCAAGUUGUAGCCGUAAAAAGGCUUUCGAGAACAUCGGGCCAAGGAGUUGAAGAACUUAAAAACGAGGUUCGAUUGAUCGCGAAACUUCAACAUCGAAACCUCGUUAGACUACUAGGUUGUUGUAUUGAGGUUGAAGAAAAGUUGUUGGUUUAUGAAUACAUGGAACACAAAAGUCUCAAUACCUUUCUUUUCGAUAAAGAGAAAAGCCACCAACUUGAUUGGCAAAAGCGAUUCGACAUCAUAUCCGGGAUUGCGCGAGGGCUUCUUUACCUUCAUCAAGAUUCAAGGUUUAGAAUCAUUCAUCGGGAUCUUAAAGCAAGUAAUAUAUUACUAGAUAAAGAAAUGAACCCAAAAAUAUCUGAUUUUGGCAUGGCGCGGAUCUUUGGGGGAGAUCAAACCGAAGCGGAAACAAAGAAAGUAGUUGGAACACACGGUUAUAUGUCACCAGAAUAUGCAAUGGACGGUCUUUUCUCAAUAAAAUCAGAUGUUUUUAGUUUUGGGGUUUUGGUGCUAGAGAUAGUGAGUGGUAAAAAGAAUAGAGGAUUCUACUAUGCAAGUAACCAACUUAACCUCAUUGGGCAUAUAUGGAACCUAUGGAAAGAAGGCAAUGCUUUAGAACUAGUAGAUGAAUCAAUAGGGGUUGAAUUUUCACAAGAUGAAGUAUUGAGAUGUAUACAAAUUGGAUUAUUAUGUGUUCAAGAACACGCAGAAGAUAGACCAAAUAUGUCAAAAGUGUUGUUAAUGUUGAGCAGUGACGUUAUAAAUUUGCCACAACCAAAAUAUCCUGGAUUCGGUCUUGGAAAAAGAGAUUCUGAAAAAGGAUCGUCGAGCAAACAAGAUGAAUCUCUAACCAUGAACGAACUAACCGUGACGAUACUAGAUGGCAGGUAGCCAAAACUAGGCUAGAUACAAUUAACGAAUGUAUAUUGUAUUUCCCUCUUUUUCUCAGUCAUUUUUGUGCAUUAUUUUUUUUUUCCUCAUGAGAAAAGAGAACUUUAUGUCACAUUUUACACAACCAAUGAAUGGCUAUAGAUAAUUAUGUC